GGGCGGCACCGCCGGGCAGCCGGCUGUGUCCCCGUCCCUGUGGCCGCAGCGGGCGGCGAGCACAAAGGCGGCGGCAGCGGAGAGCAAGCCCGCGAGAGGCGGCAGAGGUCCAAACCAUGAAUUACGUUGGACAGUUAGCAGGGCAAGUGUUUGUAACUGUGAAGGAGCUCUAUAAGGGUCUGAACCCAGCCACAUUGUCAGGAUGUAUUGAUAUAAUUGUCGUACGUCAGCCAGAUGGAAAUCUUCAGUGUUCCCCUUUCCAUGUGCGCUUUGGGAAAAUGGGAGUUCUGCGCUCCAGGGAGAAAGUGGUUGACAUAGAAAUUAAUGGAGAGGCUGUAGAUUUGCACAUGAAACUAGGAGACAAUGGAGAAGCCUUUUUUGUGCAAGAGAUGGAUAAUGAUCAGGAGGUAAUUCCUUAUCAUCUCUGCACGUCUCCCAUUCUAUCUGAGGGAACUGCUUUAAUGGAAGCUCAGCUGAAGAGGAACUCUAUAGACAGGAUAAGAAAUCUGGACACCAGUGCAUCCUCACAAGUACCAGUCCAGUCCCAUGGAUCACAGCCUUCUACUGAAACAACCCAAGUCUGUAACUCUAUGAAAAAAAGAAGGAAAAAGAGGAGGAAGUCUAGCCAUAAAAUAGACAGCUUAAAACGAGAAGAUGUUGGAGACACAUCAGAAGAUGAAGACAUGUUUCCUAUAGAGAUUAGCUCAGAGGAAGAAAAAGAACCAAUGGACAAUUCAAGGAUCCCUGUUCCAGAUGUGUGUGUUGAUGAGGUAUCUGACAAAAAGGCUCCUGCAGUGUCUACAUUUUCCCAGUCUGCCUCUUACCCUCAUUCAGAUGGAGAGUGGUCACCUCUUCAAAGUAAGCCUAUAGAUUGCAAAGGGCAGUCUUCUCUUCUCACUGUUCCAGCAGAUGGAGGCCUAUCUAACUCUUGCCCUCAACAAUCUUCUCACUUUUCUCCUCCAGACAGCCCAUCGGAUUCAGGCCCUUCUACUCCUAAAAGUGACUCAGAACUAGUCAGUAAACCUGUGGACAGAAGUGGACUGAAGAAUAAUCCUCAAAUGCAUUGGGCUUGGGGAGAACUACCCCAGGCUGCAAAGGCCAGUUCUCUGGGCAAAGCAAAGGAACCCAGCGUGGUGGAUGUAAAUCCUUCAGAAAGUGCUCACUUCCGAGUCAUCCAAAGUUCUGUAGAGGAGUUCAGCUCUGUGUCCCCUCUGCCUGCCCUUGGACAAGUAGAUGCAGCAACUGCUGAUGAAAGUGAAUCUUUACCAGCUGAGGCAAAUAAGCUGACAGAGUCUCCAGGAGCAGCUGUACCACCUCUGUCUGCCAAUGAAGAAAUAAAACAAGCUGCAACUUGCUCAGCCCAACUAGCUAGCAAGACAGAUUCCCCUUCUAGGAAGAAAGAAAAACGAAGCCGGCAUCUUGGUACUGAUGGUGUCUAUUUAGAUGACCUCACUGACAUGGAUCCAGAAGUUGCUGCACUUUAUUUCCCCAAGAACGGGGAUAAUGCCCAAAGCAAGAACACAAACGACCUGGGGCUGCAAUCUGCCAGCCACUCUCCGCAGUCUGUUGGAAGCUCAGGUGUUGACAGUGGGGUUGAAAGCACCUCCGAUGGAAUUCGAGAUUUGCCCUCUAUUGCCAUUUCUCUUUGCGGAGGCCUUACGGACAACAAAGAAAUCACCAAAGAAGAAUUCUUAGAACAUGCAGUAACAUAUCAGCAGUUUGUGGACAAUCCUGCUAUUAUUGAUGACCCUAACCUUGUGGUUAAGAUUGGAAAUAAGUACUACAACUGGACAACAGCUGGUCCUCUUCUGCUGGCAAUGCAGGCGUUCCAGAAACCUUUGCCAAAGUAUUCAUGCUUAAGUUACUUCAAAGCAGCUCUGGACACCAUUAGGUUUUGCUUCAGUAGAAUUUAUGGUCCACAGACAGCCACUGUGGAGUCUAUAAUGAGGGACAAGAUGCCCAAAAGAGGUGGAAGGUGGUGGUUUUCAUGGCGAGGGAGGAACAGCACUAUUAAAGAGGAAACAAAGCCAGAGCAAGGUACGAGCAGGAGUGGACUCUCAGGAGAAGACUCUUCACAGAUGAAUAUAACAAACAGAGUAAAAGAUGAAUCUUCUUCAAGUGAUGAAGACCCUAGAGCUGCUAAACAAAACCUUGGGGCAUUGCAGAACAGUUCAAGUCAUCUCUCAAUGUUACCUGGAAUCAGUUACAAAAAGACACUUCGACUCACUUCUGACCAGCUUAAAAGCUUAAAGCUGAAAAAUGGCCCCAAUGAUGUGACCUUCAGUGUUACAACACAGUAUCAAGGCACUUGCCGCUGUGAAGGCACCAUUUACCUGUGGAAUUGGGAUGAUAAAGUUGUUAUUUCUGACAUUGAUGGAACAAUCACACGGUCUGAUACUUUAGGUCAUAUUUUGCCAACUCUGGGCAAAGACUGGACGCACCAAGGGAUUGCAAAGCUGUACCAUAAAGUGAGCCAAAAUGGAUAUAAAUUUUUGUAUUGCUCAGCACGUGCUAUUGGAAUGGCAGACAUGACCAGAGGCUACUUGCACUGGGUCAAUGAACGAGGAACUGUGCUGCCUCAAGGGCCAGUACUCCUGAGUCCAAGCAGCUUAUUCUCAGCUUUUCACAGGGAGGUGAUAGAAAAGAAGCCAGAAAAAUUUAAAGUUCAGUGUUUGACAGACAUUAAAAAUUUAUUUUAUCCUAACACAGAACCCUUUUAUGCUGCUUUUGGAAACAGACCUGCUGAUGUUUAUUCAUACAAACAGGUGGGGGUUUCUUUAAACAGGAUAUUUACAGUUAACCCUAAAGGAGAACUUAUACAAGAGCAUGCAAAGACAAACAUCUCUUCGUAUGUCAGACUCUGUGAAGUGGUAGAUCACAUUUUCCCUUUGCUGAAAAGAAGCAAUUCUUCAGACUUCCCUUGUUCUGACACCUACAGCCAAUUCACCUUCUGGAGAGAACCUCUGCCGCCUUUUGAAACUCAGGAUGUGCAUCCCACCUCAUCUUAACUGCAUCUCCAGAUUGCUUGCCUCAGCUCAAAGCAUAAAUUAGCUUGUACUGAAAGGUCACCACUUGGUUUUUGCCAUUGACAGUUCAGCUGGAAUCUGUGAUGUUGUGAAAGUUAUAUUCUUUCGCUGUGAGCAAAUUUAGAAAUGCUUUUUCAUACAUUUCCAGAUGAUAAAAGAGAAGUCUUACUACGAAUACGAGUUGCAUUUCUAGCUCUUCAUCCAGCUCCUCAAAUUGUGCCAUACAGCUUCCUUUUUAAAGGUCAAAUAAAAGUAAUGUUGGAGUUGCAGUUAAAAAUG